UUUCGAGAAAAACGCCGAUACUUAACCUACUUUCUAAAUGCCUUGGUGUAUUAACUAACACCAUAAUUCAAGAAAAAAAGAAUGCUUCAUAAAUCGAAAAUUUGUUUGAAAAUCUCACUUCAUAAAGCUCCUAAAAUCUUUUGGGAAGGAAUAACCACACAAAAAUACGUCUAAGGCACAUUGAAGCACGCUUGGUAUUUGCUAGACUUUUACUACAUUACCUUCGGUUACCCCGAGAAGGAAUUGAACACAGAUAUAGCUUUAAUAACUGGUGGAGGCAAUGGACUUGGCCGAUUGCUCGCUCAACGUUUGGGUAAAAUGGGCACCAAAGUUAUCGUUUGGGAUAUUAAUAAAGAAGGCAUCAAAGAAACCAUCGAAAUCGUCGAAACUGAUGGCGGCUACUGUAAAGGAUAUGUUGUCGAUAUUUCAAAGAAGGAGGAAGUUUACAAGGCAGCUGAAGUAUUGCGGAAUGAAGUUGGCGACGUAAGUAAUCAGAGUUUAAGUAACAAAGCUCUAAAAAGGUAUAUUAAAUCUACUAAUACCUAACGAUUAAAUUAUAAUUCUUGGAGCACUUUGAUAUUAAAAGUCAACUUAAGUAGAAAACUUCCUUAGCACCUUUAAUCUUAAUUUUAACCCUUUAACUGCCAACUGGUUCAAAAAUUACGGUACGACGAAAAGCUAAGAGACUAAACAAUUUUACGUUAAAUAGUUCGUUAAAUUGUGUCAACAAGAAGCGGUUUAGUGUAAGAGAAACGAGCCUGAUCGAAGUUCUUGUUCUUCUUUCAUCAGUUGAGCUAGAGGGCAGUCCAUUCUCUCAAAGCAUCAAAGCCAUCGAAUAAGCACACCGGUUCUUAUGACAAAGCUUGCUUACUCUGCACGGGACGCAGUGGACCUUUGAAAAAUACAGAAUCUGCACUCAGUACAUUUUUCAUAACUGAUUAAGAAUUUUUUAAGCGAACGAGCCAACUACUAAUAAAGAUUUGAUGCACAGGGUUAACUUUUUUCCUUAUUUUCAAAGACUUUAUCUCAGACCUGCCUUUGUAGCAAAUACAGGGAGAACGAAACUCUCAAUAAAUUUCUGCGACUAGAAAAAAUCUCAUGAUGCCCUAAAAUAUGAUACAGUUUCCAAAGAGGGGGAAACGGUGGUACCAAAAGGUCCAAAGUUAGGGGGAUGCAAAGCUUUAAACAUUAUAAAACUGCAGGACCAAAUCAGUAUCAGUUUUGUAAAAAUUCUGGUAUUGCAUGCUUUACUGGGCAAUAUUUUGUUAACUUUGGUUACCAACGCAAAAUAGGCCUGAUAGAAGUUACUUUUGAAAGAAUUUAUCUUUUUGACCUCCAGGCAAGCUUGACUUCGAUGAGCUGAAAAAAGCUACUCGAAUACCUAAUAUUCUCUCCGAAUAAAAUUGAAUGCGAAUUUCUAUGAAGCUUCAAGACGCAUAACAAAUCAACCGCUCGCAUUCUAAAGUAGUUCACUAACUCGUUACUCUUAACUUCCUCUGUUUAACCUCAGCAGUAAAUGAAACACUUUUAAGCUAAAUAUUGCUUAAAUUUUAGUACGUAACCAUUUGCAUUAAAAUCUCAGUCGACCUUGAAAGUUUGUAUGAAGUGUCGGUUAAGGGCACAGAAGUGCUACAGAAGCGCACACAACACAACAAAGCCGCUCACUCGUACUUCAACUUGACUUGUGACCCUAUUUCAUUUAUGUAAAUACAUAUGUACAUAUGUACAUAUAGAGUUACUUUAUUGCAUGCAACGUGAACUUGCUUAUCUUAUCCGUUAUUCUUUUUUUUUCAUUUUUCCACGUCAGAGCAUAGCCUACCACUUCUUUUCAAUGCAAACGGCAGCUGUUGCCGUUAUUGUUUGUUGACAUGAUUACGUGAUUUAAUAUAUUUAAAUGCCAGCGCAGUUGACACCCAUCAAAUUUAAUUAGUGCUUAAAGACUAGUUAUAUUUGCUUAUGCAAUUCAACGCGCUUCAAUGAAGAAAGAAUUCAAGCACUCAAUGCUUUAAAUUAAA